AUGGGGCGAAUACUUUUAGGAAUGUUUGGUAUAGCGGGUUAUAUGGCAGGACAUAAAGUAGCUUAUACUAAUGAAGAAAAGAAUGUAAAGUUAACAAAAGAAGCACCUUUUCCAUGGCAUGAUAAAUCUUCUUCUGACGAUGGAGAUGACGAUAAAAAUUAUAAGUAUAGAUUUCAUAAACUCGAUUCUGGUCGACAAAUACUUCAAGCACCAAAUGCAAUUAAUACAACUAAAGUUCGAGUGAGCAUGCCAAAAGAAAUGGCGGAAAAAAUUUCACCAAAGUUCUUUGAAGAAAAUUAA